GCUUCAGCUGGGGGUCACUCCGGGUUAUGUGCAGGUUGGUGUGCAUGUGUGUGUCAUGGCUACACCUCACAGGAUCCAGUUCACUACUCUCUCUCACCCUGCUCCUGAUCCCCCCCUCAGCCCGGGGUUAAUGCCCCCUCAUACACCACCGGCCCAGGCCGAGGAGACCCUCAGUGCCCGGAUAGAGCUGGUUCUGUUCGAGCCGGAUGAUGCGCGCUGCGCGGAAUUUCACUAUCCUACUGCGGUCAGAGGUGCAGGUCGUGAUGGGACUUUGAUGCAGGUGCUCCAGGAACGAGAUGGAGAUGGAGAGGAGCUUCAGGAGCAGGCCCGAAUGUUCCAGCAGAAAUACGGAGGAGCUUCUACACAGAGGAAAGACCGAGUGCAGGAUUUGGUGGACAUGGGCUACGGAUACGACGACAACGACUCCUUUAUUGACAACUCGGAGGCUUAUGACGAGUUGGUUCCAGCCUGCCUUACAACCAAAUACGGAGGAUUUUACAUCAACUCCGGGACUCUUCACUUCCGUCCCGCUUCAGGUGAAGAGAAGGAGAGCGAUGACUUUGAGGAGAACAUUAAACCCAAGAAACGUAAAUUGAAAGGUGGUGGUGAGGUGAGGAUGACUAAGAAGAAGAAGAGAAGAAAAGAGGAGGUUCAGGCUGAAGGGGAAAAUGCUGAACACAGUGUGCCGUCAGGAAAUAAGAAGAAAGCGAGUAAGAAGCAGAAACAGAACCUCAGUGGCAUGUUGAAGAAAUUUCACAAGGCAAAGCUUCAGGAGCUCCACCUGUUCAACAUGAAGACGAUGGAACCUGCUCCAGCAGCAAACCAUGACUCCAGCGAGCAGCUCAAGUCUGUUCCUGCUGAUCUGCUCAUGGUGCUCAGAGAUGCAGAUGGUACUGAUGACAUUCACAAAGCAGUGAUUGAGCAGGAUGAGCUCCUAAGUGACCAUCGGUACCAGGAGACCCGAGAAACUUCAACGGAGGUGUCUCAGGCUUCCCUUCCUGAUGGUUUACCUUCUGCUCUGAAACAAAGUCUACAAGAACUCACUCAGGGAAUCUGUGGUUCGGAAGAAGGAAAGAAGAUGGAGAUGUUUGCUCCAGAGAUAAACAUCAUCUUGCUGGAUGUCUCGGUUCAGAGGAAGGAGUUACCUGAUGAGGUGUUUUCCAGAAUCUUCUCCUACCUUUCCUCACUGCUGUCCUGCAACAAACACACACUGGUGGAGAGAGCCACCAAACUCCACCUUCUUGAGCUGGAGGAUCAGCUCGCGGUUCUGAUCCGGAGACUGGAGGAGGCGGUGUGCCGAGUCAUGCCCGAGCAGAUCCACCGCUUCAAUCAUCACUGCCAAGCUCACUCUGAAGCCAAAGCUGCCAGACUGGAGGCUGUGAAAGAAAAGAGAACUGUAGAAGGUUCCGAUGAAGAAGAGGACGAUUUGAGCGGAAAACGAGUUUUUGGACCUCGCAAGAGAUUCCGAUGGAACGAAGAGAUCAGGGAGUUGGUAUGUGAGGUGGUGAGGCUGAAGAUGAGAAGCUUUGAGCUGGAGCCUCCUGCUGAUCAGAGUUUAGAGGAUUAUUUGAAGUGUUUCUUGGAGGCAAGUGUGAAAACGCUGUGGCCCAGGGGAUGGAUUCAGUCCAGGAUCUUGCUGAUCGAGACACGGAGAGUUCACGCUCAUGUCACGGGCAUCGUGGGAAGGAAGAAAUCUGUGGAUGUGCCCAAAUCUGAGAAGGGUCGUCGUGGAGAUGCAGUCCGUUCUGGGAAUGCCGAGUCGAAGUCUGAAGAAGCCACAGAUGUUCAGACCACUAACAAAACGCAACCAGGAGUGAAGUCUCAAAAGAUUCCUGCCCAGAAGAUAUGUGGAGCCGUGUCCGUUCUGCAGCGACUUUCUGCUGAGGAAAUGAAACCUGGGAAGCACUCUGGUGUUGAGCGAGAUGUUUACUGUCUACCUCAGAGUCUCCUUUGCAGCACAUCCAUGUCUCUGGCGGCGAUGGAGGGUUCGUGUGGUGAUCCGGCUCUUCCCACACCGUCACUCUCUCACCAGACGUCGUCAUCUGGCAAUGCAUUUGAAUCUGAAGUGAUGAAGGGUGGAACACCCCCUCGUGAUUCACCCUCCCUCAUUCUUUCCUGCGAUGAGGAACCUGUUAGUCUUGCAGAGAUCUGCUCAACAUCCAGACUCACCAGUGUAGCUGCUGGUACCCUCCAGUGCUCUCUCACAGAACAGAUGGAAGUGAGAUUAAUGCAGGAGAAGCGAACACUUUGAGAACAUGGUGGAGGGAAGGAACUGCAUAUGACAACAGUAUUUAUAAACUUCCUCAGAACUGUACUGGGGUAAGAAAUGAAUGAAAUGUCACUUCUGUAUUUUAUGUAUAAAAUCCAAUAAAAUAAAGCACCUGUGUAAAAAAAGAAAAAAAAAGAAAAAUUGAUUUUAAAUUCUACUGCAAUGAAGAGUGAAAUUCAGUUUUUUUUUUUUUGUUGUACGUUUUGAAACUAAUUUCUCUUUAUUUUUGUUUGACGUUUCUGCUGCUGAAGCUUGAGUUCUCAGGUUGUUGUGGAUUUGUACAGAAAGAAAAUGUGGUUUAUAUAUAUUCCUCCAAACUGCUUAAAAUUUCACCAUAUUUAUGUACCAAGGUGUAAAACAAACUGUUGCCACGUAAACACCCCAACAGUAAAUUAAACUUUAUUUCCUGCCA